AUGGGAUACGGAAUUUGGGUUUUAGCGCUAGUUCUGCUAGAAUGGUUGGUGAUACGGGUGAUACUGGUCAUUCCGCUGUUUGGAAUCCAGAACGAUGGAAUAAUGGGUGCUGGAGGCGUCAAAGUUAAAAGCGGUACCGGUGCCAAUAGUGCAGGGUUGCGACUAUUCGUGUUUCUGGGUUCUGGAGGCCACACGGGAGAAAUGCUGCGGCUGCUGGACAACUACAAAGACGAGCUUCUGCGACCCGGAACAAAGCUAAUUGUGGGCAGUUCUGACGAAGAGAGUCUGACACGAUUUCACCAUUCUUUGGGUCCACAGCUAGCGCAGCAGGUGCAGGUCACAGUGUGCCGUUUUGGCAAGGCUCGAGAAGUUGGAGCGUCGAAGCUAGAGUCGGUCCGGAGUAUUUUGCACACGCUGGCAAAAGCUAUUUGGACCGUUACUUGGAUCAAGUGGCAGUUCGUGGGUCAGCCGCAUUUGGUUUUGCUGAAUGGUCCCGGCACUUGCUGCAUUAUCGCUGGAUGGCUGAAACUGCUAGAAAUUAUAACCAUGACGCGAUCCAAAAUAGUUUACGUGGAGAGUUUGGCCCGUACUGACAGUUUGAGCAUGAGCGGUAAAAUCUUGUACCCACUGGUGGACGAGUUUGUGGUGCAAUGGAGCGAAUUGUGCGAAGUGUACGAAAGAGCACAGUGUUUCGGGAUUUUAGUGUGA